CCUUGCGAAUCUACUUCAGCUGGACAUCUACGCUUUUUGUUUGAUCAGGAAGCAGAAUGCGCUUCCGCAGCAUGCAGCAGCAACAUCAAAACCUGACUUUAAUGCUGUGCAAGCGUCCAGAGCUUGUCUGAGCGUGCACCACAUCAGAUCCAUUACCUCGGGCACCUACCUACCUAGGUACAGGUAGAUUGUUGGAUGUGUGAAGUCAACAGCACUUUCCUCCAAUGAUAGAAGCAGAAGACUCGCGAUAGAUACUUCUGACCGGUGCAAGGAAUAGGAUGUUUGACUGCGAUCAUGACCGAUUGGACACCAUGAUAUCCACGCUGGUAGUCUACCUAAAGCUACCUAUCUUGAGGUUGAGUCACCCGUGCUCGCAUUUCGAUGCUGUAAUGCUUCAGUGUCUGGACAGCUCUUGCACCAUGGGAAUUGCCUUCCGGGUACCGGGUCUGUUGUGUAACCCUCAGCAGCGUAUCUGUUGGUGAUAGCGGCGUCGAAUCAGAAGACUCUGAGACAUCUAACUGCUUACCAGACUGUUGCUGAGCAUGUUUUGUACGGCACAGUUCGAUAUUUCUUUGCUCAUUCAGUUCCUCGUCUUAAGUCCGUCCAGUCACACAGUCCUUCGUCUCUUUAAAAUGUUAGUGGGAGCUUGAGCCUCUCAGCUACUUUUGAUCAUCUGCUUCCCUUUUCGUCAGCUUCUUGCAACCUCUAUAGACAGUGGCGUCCAGUCACUUGUUCCCUUUCGUGUACUCUUGGUGACACCCUUUCUAGGAACAAUGGUGCGGCGGCUGCGGAACGACCCAUUUGGCAUCUGGGCCGGUGUUGCCAAUCGCAUCUGAACAUUGAGAUAGUUAAGCUCUUCAAUAUCUGACUUUCGAAUUUGGCAAGAGGCAAGGAAUCAUGUCCGAGGCCUCGAAAUGGAUAAGCACUUUUCUGUAUAUUGAAACAUUUGUGGUCAUUUAGAAUGCGCGGGCCCUCUUAGGGUCCAACCUCCGCAUUGUGUUAUUCUUCACCUUUAAAGCAUUGGUAUUGAUGUCGUGUUUUGCGAAUACGACCCAUCUCACAAGUCUUCAGGGCUCUUUUGAUAAUCACUGGCAUUUCCGGUUUCGUUCAUCCUACCCAAGCCCUAUUCUACUUUGGGACAGUAGGCAGUGCAAUUCACUGAGCUCAUCUGGAGUUUUCCCCCGACUUCUCAGGAUGGCAGGAACUGUGCCGAUACAGGCGAGAGGAAGCCUGGACCUCUCUUCCCUAUAAAAAGAGGCAUCUCCGUCUACUUUUCAACCCAAUUGUCUUUCAAGUUCUUCUCCAUUUCCCCAACUCAGUCUCUCUUCUUACCACUUGAUAUCAAAAUCACCGACUUCAAGAUGUAUACGAUGUAUACGAUGCUCCCCAAAACCCAAGCAUUCAUGCUUCUUCUUCUCACCUCAUUGUUCAUGGUUUGUAUUGUGGCUGCCGAAAAUUCUCCCGGAAAAUCCUGCGUUGACUUCACUGUCCCUUUGACCCUUACUACCACCGACUGGGUCUGGGGCCGGCCAAAGAUUGAGACUGACAUUGAUUUGACCUCUCUGACUUUCGACUUCAAUCGACGAGACUUCAUGACGACUUUCAUACCAUUCUCUGGUGUUCAAAACAAUACCCGUUCCUACAAUAUUGCCGGUAGCUACUGCGAGCCCAGAUCUGGACCCGGAUCUACUCUUUUGAUUGCUACCCACGGCGGUAGUCUUGAUAGAUCAUACUGGGACUCGGACUACCAACCAGCCAACUACAGCUUUGUGGACUUUGCAGUUGCGAAGGGCUAUUCCGUCUUGUUCUACGACCGAGUUGGGGCUGGACAGUCCACCAUUAUCAGUGGUUACGAUGCCCAAUUUUCCAUCCAUAUAGCCGUUCUGGACAGUCUAGUGCGCUACGCCAGAGCCGGAUCUAUUCCUCGUGCUGCCCGCCGCUCCUCGCAAUAUGUUCCAAAGAAGAUUGUCCUAGUUGGCCAUAGCAUGGGUUCAAUCGCUUCCAAUGCUUUGGUUGCUGCAAAGCCCGAUGUUGUGGAUGGAGUCGUCCUUUCAGGAUGGGGAUACAACAGUGGAAUGGCAAACGUCUUCGGACUAGUGGCAGCUACUUCGCAGCUGAAAAUUGCAAACAAGAUAUCCCGAAGAUGGAAGGCUUAUGACAAUGCUUACGCGACCUUUGUGGACAUUUUCUCAUACAUCAACAUCUUCUAUAAGAUUCCAAACUACGACCUGACAGCUGUACAAUACAGCUUUGACCGUAGCUGGCCCAUCGCCAUCUUGGAGUUCUUCUCUAUCGGAACUCUGAACUUCUCAUCCCCUGGCGUAAAAGCUCCAGUCCUAUUCAUCAAUGGAGAAUAUGAUUACGUCAUGUGUGGAGGGUAUUGUCCAGGAGUUGUCGAGCCCGCUGCUCGUAGUUUCUUCCCUGCCUCUGUUGGAUACCAGUCCUACAUUCAACCAAACACAGGUCACAUCUUGAACACUGCGGUAAUCUUUUUUUUCUCGGCGCUUCGAAGUAUUUGCUGACAUUACUGUUACAGCCAAAUGCAACAGGCACAUAUCAAGUUAUCACCAAUUUCCUUGCCAGGAAUGGUUUGUAGUCUUUUUGUAAGGCGAUUACUUUGGUCGGCACACAACAAACCUCUUGAGAGCUAGGGGUGUCGUCAACUUAAAACUUGCUUUUCAUGCUUGCCAUACUUUCACAUUGAAUUUACUACCAUAGAGCUCGGAAUCAAUACAUCACCGUUGAUUUCCUC